UUUGAGAGAGAGACACACAAGCAGAGGAAAAUCUAUGUUUCUGUUUCACUAUUUUAAGAAACUGUCAGAUUAACAUUAUUACUACAAAUACAUUAUCAGGAGGUCCUCUCUCCGUUUGGUUUUCAGCUUCUAUCUCAUUGAAUCCGUACAUCAUUUAUCUGUAUCAAUCACAUUACGUUUCUGUUCAAGAUUCUUGCAUUAAUCGGAGUCUGCUCUACGAUACAUAUAUAUAUCCCGUUGGUUCUGAGAGGAAUGGGAGUGACUUUUUCAUGCCAAUUUGCCGAUUUUGAUGAUUUGGAUGCUCAGUUAGAGUGUGUCUUAUUUAGCGGCAAGGUUAUCCUGGAUGCAAAAGCUAUUGAAUUUGAGACCAUUGAUUGUGGAAAGGUGAUCCUUGAGGGGUCUCUUAGCAUUGGAGGAAGGGACUUGGACCCUGUAGUCUCUCCAGAGGAGCAUAUGAUGCCUCAAGCUCUGCCCAAAUCUGAUGAUCUUAGACAUGAAGCAGCCUUAAGGUUGCAGAAGACGUACAAAAGUUUUAGGACUCGAAGGCAGCUUGCUGACUGUGCAGUCAUAGCCGAGCAGAGAUGGUGGAAGCUGUUAGAUUUUGCUGAGCUCAAACGUACUUCUGUGUCCUUCUUUGAUAUUGAGAAACCAGAAACCGCUGUUCAGCGUUGGUCUAGAGCAACGACCAGAGCUGCAAAGGUAGGGAAAGGUCUGUCAAAGGAUGAGAAGGCGCGUAAACUUGCCUUGCAGCAUUGGCUCGAGGCUAUUGACCCUAGACAUCGAUAUGGUCACAACCUGCAAUUCUAUUACAUUCGUUGGCUCCAAUGUGAGAGCAGGCAGCCCUUCUUUUACUGGCUAGAUGUUGGAGAAGGUUGGAAUGUGAAUCUAGAGAGAUGCCCUAGAUCGAAACUUCAACAGCAAUGCAUAAAGUAUCUUGGGCCGGCAGAGAGAAGCGCGUACGAAGUGAUGAUAUCAGAUGGGAAGUUUGUGUACAAGGAGAGCGGGAAGCUUCUAGACACCAAGGAAGCAGGGGAAGAUGUGAAAUGGAUCUUUGUUCUAAGCGCGUUGAAGGUGCUAUACGUGGGGAAGAAGAGAAAAGGCGGGUUUCAACAUUCCAGUUUCUUGGCUGGUGGAGCUACACUAUCAGCUGGACGUUUGGUUGUACAAAAUGGUAUCCUCAAGGCGGUUUGGCCUUACAGUGGACACUAUCUCCCAACAGCAGAAAAUUUUGAGGCACUAAUGACAUUUCUUUUAGUACACAAUGUUGAUCUCAGUGGUGUGCAGAAAGCUCCAGAUAAUGAAGAGGAAGCAGCUGGUAUUCCGCUUCGUAGAAUCAAAUCGGUACCUGCAGAGGUGGGGAAGCAGGAUGCCGAGAAUAUGCAUAUAUCAAAGUGGUCCCGGAGACUACAGUCCAAAAUCAGUCUGCUUAAUAUUCCGGCAAGGACAGAGGAAUUCUUCUCUCCAAGAUAUGUGGAGAGCCCGACGGAUGGAUACGAGACAGCAGAUGACUCUCUAUCAGAGUCAGAGUCAGACUCAGACUCAGAUACGGAGUUCCUGAUCUCAAAGGAGAAUCUGUUCGAGGAGGAAAAAGAGGAAGAGAAGGCGGUCUCAGAAGAGAAGAUAAUGAAGAGAAUAAACUCACAUAAAGGGAUAAGAUCAUAUGAACUGGCACAGAGCCUGUGCUGCAAAUGGACAACGGGAGCGGGUCCUCGGAUAGGAUGCGUGAGGGAUUAUCCGGUGGAGCUGCAGCUGCGUGCGCUCCAGGAGGUCUGCUUCUCUCCCCCUCCCAGACACACUCUCCCUCGCAUAACCACUCCACCAACCUAAAGCUUUAA